AUGGCAGACCCUCCUACAUCAGGCACACCAUCAUCAGAUAACGGCGCUGCCAUCGUCUCGGAACAGCUCACUGCUUUGCUUCUGAAAGAUGAAGAUACAAACAAUAAUGUCCGUUCCUCCGUUGCGUCCACGUCACCUUCUCAUCUGGAAGCGUCGCACUUUCGUGAUCAUGGAGAAAACGCGGCACCACCAAACCGCCGCCAGCUGUUCAGUUCUGUGCGUGAAGCGCUAGAGAGUUCUGGUCAACUGAAGGAAGAGUCUGGCGGAUAUGUCAUUAAACGACACAGUGGCCGUCAGCAGCAGCAGCAGCAUUGUCGCUCUGCAGAAAAACCAAAGAACCGACAUGCUAAGCAGCGAUCAGAUAGCAAAGGUGAUACAAUACUGACAAGUACGUCUAACCCUGUUGAGGACGAAGCGGAUGCUGCAGGAUACACAGUCAUCCGACGACGAUUGUCCUGUGAUGAAAGCAUCAGUGCUUCAGUUGCUGCAACUGCUACAAUCACAGGACGACGUAACUAUCAAAGUUCUACUCCAGCACGAGGGAACAAAAAGACGCAGCAACAGUCGCAGCGACCGCGUCGAGGUAGUAUGUCUGUAUUGUCACAACGCAGCAAUCUACAGGCUUCAAUGAAGCCACCUCCGUCCUUCAGCGUUCCACCUGGUUUCCAACCUUAUUCAACGUCACGUGUGCUGCAUCCACCUCCUGGUUUAACACCUGCAGCAUCCGGUUGGGUCGUUAAAGCUGCUGCACCCGCACAGAACGUGAAAAAGAUUGAGGAGCCACCGGUGGAAGCAUUGUGGCCAGAGAUGAAGCCAAUUUCCAAGUCUGAUAGCGGCUGGACUGUGACAAGAACAACAGCAACAUCAGUGAUAGGUGGUGAGAGUGACUUGAAUACGCAGGCAUGGACAACCACCACGAGCAGCUCAACUGUGGCAGAUCAGAACGAUGACGACGAUGAUGAUUUGCUGACGCGGCUUGGUGUGACCCUCUAA